AUGGUGAAUGAAAUUAAGAAUACCGAGGAUAAAGUUAUCAGUACAUUGGGCGACAUUAAACGAGCAGUUUCAGAUUUUACGGGCAUGUUUUCAGACAUGAAGGAGAACAUAACAGACGACAUGUUAAAGAAAAGUGACGAGAUAAAAAGGAGAGAAGACUCCUUCAAGAAAUUGUUUGAGGAGACAAGAACAAACCUCACGAGUGACAUGGAAGCUAAAAGAGAAGAACUUACUCAACUACAAGGAUCCUUCAAGAACUUAUUUGAUGAGACAAAAACCAACCUCACGAGUGACAUGGAAGCUAAAAAAGAAGAACUUACUCAACUUCAGGGUAGUUUUCCCAUUUCUCUUACAAGAAACCUCGAACGACCCCCGAUCGCUUUCCAUGCACAUCACGUGAAAGAUUUGGUUCUUGAUACUACAAAUGAGAUUGUUAUAUUUACGAAAAGUGUGAUAAACGAGGGAACAGGUUACGAUACUUCUACUGGGAUUUUUACUGCGCCCGAUGGAGGACUGUACCAGUUUAUUGUUCAUACUUGUUACUUAUGA